AUGCCUGCCUACGAGCUUCGAUCGGGAGGGGAUGUGAAGAACAAGAAGCAAAGUGUGGCCGAUUUGAAGUAUCGACGAUUGACAGAACUCAAUGCUCGUCUGAAGGAAGACCUGGACCGUCCCCGGGUCAAAGUGUCCGAGGCUGCGAUGUCGCUGAUUAACUACUGCAACAACACUCGCGACUUUAUGGUACCUUCCGUAUGGGGUCAGGUCGACAAACGCGAUGACCCAUACGCCCCUCAGCAGCAGGGAGGCUGUUGCACGGUCAUGUAA